CCGUUACCCCCAAAUAUAACCAACAUCACCGUGGAAUUGAUACUAAACACCACGGGCACUUUGAAUGCAACUAGCUCACCAGUAUUAAGCGACAUAGCCAACACGUCUACAAGCUACUCAAGCAACUUAACUACAUUACCUGAUAUUAUUGUAACAAGCAAGCCAAUUAACACCACAACCACAACUAAACCUGAUGAUAUAACCACAAUAUCACCCAAUGGCACCUCCACUACAGAAAACACCACCGAUUUAUGGGAAAGUAAACCCUUAGAGGAAAUAUGUGGAAUACCGGGUAUCAAAACACGUAUAAUCGGGGGCCGUAAAGCAAAACCGAACCGAUACCCAUGGAUGGUGGGCAUAAAAAGGCCAUCAGGCACAAGUACGUUUUGUGGGGGCGCCCUAAUUCACCCGCAGUACGUACUAACAGCAGCCCAUUGUCUCAAAUCGGGAUUUUGGACUAAUAAGCCCGAGGAUAUAAAAAUAACGGUAGGCGCCCACGACCUUACAAAAACUGAAUCGUCGGCCAGGGAUCACGAGGUGGAGGCCAUACGUAUCCACGAAAACUAUACGGGCACCGCCAACGGCCACGACAUAGCAGUUAUUAAACUGAAAACUAGGGUUAAGUUAGGCCCACGAGUGCUGCCCAUAUGUUUACCCCCGGAGAACAGUACGGAUUACGUGGGCGAGGAGGCUAUGCUGGCCGGUUGGGGCCGAACGGCUGAGGGCGGGGAGGGUAGCCCUGUGUUGAUGGAGGUGCCGGUCCUCGUGUGGAAUAACAGUGCCUGCGAUGAGAGUCUGACGGAGCAUAAGAUUAUGUCGAGUAUGUUAUGCGCCGGUGAUAGGGCUGGCGGUAAGGAUAGUUGUCAGGGAGACUCAGGCGGGCCGUUGAUGGUAAAUUCCCAGAAUGAGGAUAGGUGGGUGCUCAUUGGGGUCGUGUCGUGGGGUGUAGGGUGUGGGCGACCUAACUCACCCGGUAUUAAUACCAGG